AGGUCAGAUAGCCUUGGUAUUUCACAAGAUGCAGCUUCUGUUAUGCUCCGACUGACUGUGGGUGGCAGUAUAGCAACAGUUUGCUUGAUCGUGAAGUCUGAGCCGACGAAGCAAAGUCAAGUAGCAAAGAUGGCGGUAUCGGUGUUUCCCUGUGUGCGGUUGCGGUCCAUCGGGGACGUGAACGGAGAGAUCCAGCGACACUCCGAGCAACAGCCCCUGAGGUUGGAGGUCAAAAGCACCCCAGACACGGCUCUCCUAAAUCUCUCCAAUAGCGAUGAGACCUCAGUCUUCAAGUGUUCGUUGUCCAGGGAAACGGAAUGCAGUCGUGUGGGGAAACAGUCAUUCAUCAUCACACUGGGCUGCAACAGUGUCCUGCUACAGUUCUCCACACCUGCAGAGUUUACUUCCUUCUAUAACAUUCUGAAGAGUUGCCGGGGCCACAAUGCAGAACACUCCGUCUUCAGUGACCGGACGGAAGAGUCCUCUGCUGUGCAAUACUUUCAGUUCUAUGGCUAUCUCUCUCAGCAGCAGAACAUGAUGCAGGACUAUGUUCGGACCGGAACCUACCAACGUGCCAUCCUUCAGAACCAUGCUGACUUUAAGGACAAGGUGGUGUUAGAUGUGGGCUGUGGUUCAGGUAUUCUGUCGUUCUUUGCGGCGCAGGCCGGAGCCAGGAAGGUCUACGCUGUGGAGGCUAGCACCAUGGCCCAGCACGCAGAGGUGCUGGUAAACUCCAACGGAAUGGGGGAUCGUGUGGUGGUGAUAGCAGGGAAGGUGGAGGAGAUCUCUCUACCAGAGCAGGUGGACAUCAUCAUCUCUGAACCCAUGGGAUACAUGCUCUUCAAUGAGAGAAUGCUGGAGAGUUACCUACACGCCAAGAAGUUCCUCAAGCCCAACGGUAACAUGUUCCCCACUUUAGGUGACGUCCACCUGGCUCCCUUCACAGACGAACAGUUAUACAUGGAACAGUUCACCAAGGCCAACUUCUGGUAUCAGCCAUCUUUCCAUGGUGUUGAUCUGUCAUCACUGAGAGAAGCUGCAGUAGACGAGUAUUUCAGACAACCCAUUGUGGACACCUUUGAUAUCCGUAUCCUCAUGUCCAAGUCUGUCAAAUACACCGUCAACUUCCUGGAUGCAAAAGAGGGGGAUCUGCACAGGAUGGAGAUUCCCUUUAAGUUCCACAUGAUGACAUCAGGUCUGGUCCAUGGUCUGGCCUUCUGGUUCGACGUGGCUUUCAUCGGCUCAGCGGUAACAGUGUGGCUCUCCACCUCCCCUACGGAGCCUCUGACCCACUGGUACCAGGUCCGCUGUCUGCUCCAGUCCCCUCUCUUCACCAAGGCAGGAGACACCCUGUCCGGCACUGCAACGCUCAUUGCCAACAAGAGACAGAGCUAUGACAUCAGUAUGGUGGCCCAGGUGGACCAGACAGGAAGCAAGUCUAGCAACCUGCUGGAUCUCAAGAACCCCUUCUUCAGGUACACAGGCAGCACGUCAGCCCCGCCCCCAGGCUCUCACUACUCCUCCCCCUCAGAGAACAUGUGGAGCAAUGGAGGAGUCUACAACAUGAACCAGGGAGGGAUGCCUGCGGUGUAUGACCUGAGUACAGUCAUUGGUGGCGGUGGCUCCACCGUGUCCCACAACAACCUCAUCCCUCUUGUGAACACAGGGGUAGUGAACCAUACAUCUUCUAGAGUUGGGUCUAUCAUGAGUACAGGCGUGGGCCAGGGAGUGGCAACUGGCCAAUCGGGGCCCGGCAACAGUCCUCAAUACCCAAUCAACAACAGCCAGUUCACCAUGGGCGGGCCUUCCAUCUCCAUGUCGUCUCCCAUGGCGAUGCCUAGCAACACUAUGCACUACGGGAGCUAAGACCUACCAACCGUCCGUAGCUCCCCUCCUCUCCCCUCCUUCCUCCCCUUCUCUGGACUUCCAACAGCUGGAAGGAAACCAAACUGGACUGAUAAUAUGGACGUCCCUCUCCUCCCUUCAUCCCUCCGUUCUCUGGGUCCUGAUCUCUCAGGCCCAGUCCAGAAUCAACUAGACGCUGAAAGGAUUGGAUAGGUUUAGGGUUGUCAAAUGUCCAGGUUUUCCAGAAUUCUGGUUGGAGGAUUUCUGAAGUCCUACUUAUUCCGUCUGGAUUGCAACCGUUGAUAGGUUUAAGUAAUGUUGCCUCAACAUAUCCUUUUGUCUCAACACCAUUCUGAGGCAGACUGAAAGGUGUGUGCUUGUAACCAUUAUGUGUAAUGUAUCCACAGCCCACAUAGAAACAUUUAGAAGGAUCUUAUGUACUGUGGCUAUAGGGGUUUAGAAACGUACACACACAGUUCUAUUAUACACACACACACACACACACACACAGAGCCUCCUGCAGGACAGAAAUGACUUUGAGCUUCUGUGAAGUUUUACCAAUCACGUCCCUCUUCCCCAGCCCGUCGCUUUUGACCCAACGUCCCGAUCAAUAAAUUCUUGAAUCCUAACCUUUCACCCAAGGUUACCUUUUUCAACCGACCAAUCAAAGCAAACAGUCUGAGUGUCUAACCAAACUGGCAGCUGCGAGGGAGAGCGGGUGAUCCAGGUUUUAUCCAAUCGGAACAGGAGAUUGUCUCUGUAGGGCGGGGUCUUUUUGGCACUGUAGACUAACCAGGGGUUCUGUAGGGUGGGGUCUGUAGACUAGCCAGGGGUUCUGUAGACUAGCCAGGGGUUCUGUUCUGUAGGGUGGGGUCUGUAGACUAGCCAGGGGUUCUGUAGGGUGGGGUCUGUAGACCAGCCAGGGGUUCUGUAGACUAGCCAGGGGUUCUGUUCUGUAGGGUGGGGUCUGUAGACUAGCCAGGGGUUCUGUAGGGUGGGGUCUGUAGACUAGCCAGGGGUUCUGUUCUGUAGGGUGGGGUCUGUAGGGUGGGGUCUGUAGACUAGCCAGGGGUUCUGUAGGGUGGGGUCUGUAGACUAGCCAGGGGUUCUGUAGGGUGGGGUCUGUAGACUAGCCAGGGGUUCUGUUCUGUAGGGGUGCAUCGCUGCAGAUAUAUAAUAAUUGUGCAGCAUUUCUCUGUCAUGUUAAAACAGGAGUCAUGUCACCUUACUGAAUAUGGCCCCUGUUGUUUAGGGUGUAAUGUUUUAGCUGUUUAACACGUGUUUAUGGGGAACUGUGAGAGACGUCGUGCAACCUCCUAGGAUAUCCCAGAUGGCUCCAUAUUCCCCAGGCUACUCAUUUGAUUAAGGUCCCGUGUGGCUCUGGUCAACAGUAGUAUGCUAUAUAGGGUGCCAUUUGGGACACUCACAGUCUCCUUGCAGACACAUCAUGUAGAGUGUUGGUCCCAUGUUUCAUCAGCUGAAAUAAAAGAUCCCAGCAAUUUUCCAUACGCACAAAACAUUAUUUCACAUUUUGUGCACAAAUUUGUUUACAUCCCUGUUAGUGAGCAUUUCUCAUUUGCUAAUCUACCUGACAGUUAAGGAAUAUCAAGAAGCUGAUUAAACAGCAUGAUUGGUGCACCUUGUGCUGGGGACAAUAAAAGGCCGCUCAAAAAUAUGCAUUUUUUUUCACACAACACAAUGCCACAGAUGUCUCAAUUUGAUGGAGUGUGCAAUUGACAUGCUGACUGCAGGAAUGUCCACCAAAGCUGUUGUCAGAUAAUUGAAUGUUAAUUUCUCUACAAUAAGCCACAUCCAACAUCCUUUUAUAGAAUUUGGCUGUACGUCCAACUGGCCUCACAACCGCAGACCGUGUGUAACCAUGCCAGCCCAGGACAUCCAUAUCCGGUUUCUUCACCUGCGGGAUCGUCUGAGGGGGAGGGGUGAUGCUGAGAAGUAUUUCUGUCAGUAAUAAAGCCCUUUUGUGGAGCGAAA